GGACGUGCCAAGCUCUCCAAUUUUGCAGUCCAGGAAAUAUAGACAGGAUUCUUAGCCUUGGUAUUAUGAGUUUCAUUCAAUUAAUCACCAUGGAAGCAGACGAUAUUAUUACGUCAUCACAAGAUACAGAAUCUCUUGACGCCACUCCAGAUAUGGAGGAAGAUAAUCCCACCCCACUACUACCAAUCAAUUGCCCAGAAAAAAUUACACCGUCAUCGUUUAAAAAACAUAGCGUUAAAGGCAAAUCAAAAACCUGCGUAAUGUAUAGUUGUCAUGGAUACCAGCUCUGAAAUGAAAGAAGCGUUAUUUAAAGCAAAUGGAACAGAUGAAGCCAAAAUUAGGUCCAAACUGUUUUGGGUAAAAAAAUGUGUCGAGAUGUUCUUACGCAACAAAUCGUUGUUGAACGCCCAUCAUCAAUUUGCUUUGGUGUUACUGCAAGAAAAUACUUGUUUUUGGUAUCAAGAAUUUACUUCGAACGUUUCGCUUCUUAUCGAAUCAUUGGCCGAUGUAGAUGCUGCACAAGAAAAAUCAUCACCUUUGUUGUUUCCUUUAGACGUGUUGUUACGAGAAAUACACAAUAACUGUGUGUUACCAGAGAAAAUUUACGGAGGAGUGGCAGAGUAUGUUGUACGUGUUGUGUUCGUCUAUGGAAGAUCGAAUCCGACUGUUGUGACGGAUAAAUGCCGCCAAAUGUUUCAACACCUGCGGCGUAGUCCAGUUUUCUUUUUCGAUGCUUUGUAUGUGGAAGGUAAAAAUGCUGACGAAUCUACAAAGGAUUGGCUGCACGGGUUGGAUGAACGAGACGAUUGUUACUUUGUUCACGGUAGCCGAAGUCCUGCCCAACUUUUUGAAAAUAUGGCGAAGUUACUCGCUCACCCAUUACAGAGGUCCAUACAGAAGCAUUCAUGUCAUGAAUUUUAGGAGUUGAAAAAUGUUUGAAUUGUUUGGGAUGGAACAAAUUUGAAAGACCAUCGUAUUUCAUACGAGAUCGGCCGUGUUCAUUUUUCCGGUAACAAGACGAAAACAAAGAAAUUUGUGACAGGUGGGGAGCCUUCUUUCUGUUAAUGGAAACUUGCCACGGAUACAGUUCAAAGGACAAGCAGAAACAAAAAAAAACAUAUAAAUAUAAGUGGACAAUUGUUUUUAUUUGCAGAACGUGACUUCUUUCCAGGCGAAUGAACACGCAUUCGACACAAAUAACCCUGCGAAUUACGAAUUUGCAUAAAAGAAUCGUAAAUUAUUUAACGUGAAAAAGAUGGUAGAAAAGCAGUUUUUAGAUUGAAAAUAUUCAAUAUAAAAAGAAUACCGUAAUAAUACCUCGUUUGAACUCCCAUAUUUGAAAUAUCUCCUAAUAUACGCUUUCAUUUCACUUAAUUUUGAAUUUUUAAUAAAGCUUUUGUUUAAGCACUUUCUAAUAAACGGCCCUAUCUUUGUUAUUAUGUCAAAGUUGUUUUAAAGUUGAGCCUUUCUUGAAAAGCGCUUUCUUCAAAUAAUUUCCAGUUUUCCCCGCCCCUUUUCUUGUAAUUGCGCAUUUAAUUAACGCCUGGGCGUAUAAUUGCACAUUUGAUUAACGCCCGGGCGUUGAAUCGAAUAACAACAUUAUGAUUGUUAUUUAUUCUGAUUGAGCGUUUAUUUUUAGAUGUAGAUAAAGUUUACUAUUAUUUAUUGGAACUGUAAUUCAAUUUUCAUAGCCAACAUUUUAUUCAACGAAGCGUCGCUGUUCUGACGCUGUGUAUACUCAGUAGACGAAACUAGGAUAAAGAAAAUAUCUGCUUUGCUGUGUCAUACAAUACGUUUGCAAUUC